AGUCUCGUCACCAUGGAAACCGAAAAGCGCUGCUGAUACAAGUUGAGACUGAUAUGGAAGAAGCCAGACUGAACGAGGAGGAGGAGGAGGAGGAGGAGAAAGAGGGAGAGGAUGUCAUCCUGGGAGAGUUACGGGAACUGCAACAGACUCUAGACAAAGUGCAAAUCAAUCUCUCAGCUCCCCACCUGUCAGAGCAGACACCUAAAGCAGACCCGUCUGAAUGUCCUGCCUCAUACACUGAAAACUCGGCCGAAGAGAAGAUGUUGGUGUCCAUGGCAAAAAACCUCCACGCUCAGUACUCCUAUCUCUACCCCGAUCGCAAACCACUGCUACUCUGCCCAGUCAAUGAGUUUGGAGUGCAGAAGUUUGUAAGCACCACGUUGCGGCGUACGCUGAUAUCCUACAGCAAGCUGUAUGACUGGCAGGGCUGUGCUCGUUUCAUCUCUGACUUUUUGACUUUGGAGCUGCUGGAUUGUCCAACAGAAGUGCCGAAACAGCUUUACUCUCCAACAUGGGUGGUGCGGACUCGGAGAGGUACAUGUUUUGAUUUCUCCACCUUGCUGUGCAGUUUAUUGCUGGGUGCAGGCUACGACGCCUACUGUGUCAGUGGCUAUGCUGUCAAAGAGAUGUGCCUGUUCGAUCUGAGCCAGCAGGAAUGUCCACUACUUAAACCUCAGGGCACGGGUGGGAGGAAGAGACGUGAGCAGGAGGACGUGAAUAAGUACAAGGUUGCACCUCCACGAGAACUGAAAAGCAAAUUCCAGCAGGAUCAGGAACAGAAAAUUCAACAGGCGCGUCAGGCAUCGCUCGUCAAACAGCAGAAGGCCAAGGGACUAAACGAGGAAUGUCAUUCAGAUCCUCUGUGGGGUAUGCGGGUCCACAGCUGGGUUCUGGUUCUGGCAGAAAAACGUGACAUAGUGGAGAACUUCUUUAUUGACCCGCUCUCAGGCCAGAGCUAUCCCACGUCUAGCGCGCAUUUCCUCGGCAUCGAGAGCGUCUGGAACCAUGAGAACUACUGGAUCAACAUGCAGGACUGUCGCUUCGGCUGUACGGAGAUGACGUAUGACCUGCAUGAUGUGCUAAAGUGGGAGUACAUGUUAUGCGGCCCCGGGAACUCUUCACUACUAGGAGAAGAACAAGAGGAGCAGGAUGAUGAGGAGACAGACGAGUCUAAGCAUUUUGAAAUGCCUCGGUCUUGGGUUACACAAAUCCACAUCUCAGAAAAAGAUAUGGAAAGUCGUUACCCUGGUGGGUCAAAGGUUAUCCGUUACAGAAGGGCCAUGCUGGAGAAAUUUUCCCCUUAUCUCCUGGAAGAUGGAUUAGUCACAAGACUCACUACUUAUGAUGACCCGGAAUGCACUCAUAUCAACACAGUGAAGGAGUGGUAUGAAAACCGACAGGAUAAGCUCCUAAAGAGGGAACUGAACAAAGCCACCAAUGUUACUACGGAGCAUUUCUCAUCAGGAAGGAGCUUCUAUCUAAAAACUCACACGUACAUGACUCUGGUCCAUCAGACGGAGCACCACAUGGAGUUCUACAGUAAAACUCGAGCUGACAACUUGGUCAGUCGAGUUGAUACACCGACAGGAAUGACGGAGAAAUUUCAGGACCGUUCUGACUUCCUCUAUUACCGGCAUGUCGUUUACGGACCUUUUGAGCCGGCACAAAAACUUGGAGUUCAGCGACCCAUUCAGAAGGUCGUGGUGAAAUUCCAUAGGGACCGAGCCAAACCAGCCAGCAAGGAUGUGGCCGAAAUAAUAUUCCAGAUUUUGCAGAAUCGAAUUGAGGUUACAUACCAUCUAGACGAAGAAAGAAUCAUUCCAGAUUUUGACAUCUUUGAAAAACCUCUUAACCCUGACGUCUUCUCAGACAGCAUGGUGUCCAGCUUUCAGGUGGACCCGCUUGCAAAACCCUCCCCAAAAUCUCACCUGUACCAGACCCUCAUGGUCCUGAUGAAGGAGGAGGAGAAAGUCUUAAUCAGUAUCAAGGACUCUGAGAAUGAAGUGGGGUACAUCCUUCAGGUAAGAGAACAAGAAGAAAGUGCCAUUAUGCUUACGAUCUCCACUUACGACAUAGCUAGGAAUGAGAAGGCACGCCUUCACGUGGAAAACCUGAAGCACCUGGCCCGAAAGAAGCAACUGAGUAAAGAAUACAAGAUUGUGGACAUCUUGGCUCCGUUCCUGGCUCAAAUGGGAGACCCCGCGUACCUGACCAAGCAGCAGGCAGUGCAGGUCCAUGCAGCCUGCCUUGGCAACCUAAAGCAGAGACUUAUAGACAAGGCCAAUCUCAUCCAGGCUCAAUUUGAAAAGGAGACUCAGGAGCUCCUGCAGAAGCAGCAGUGGUACCAGAAGAACCAGUUCAACUUGACAAAACAGGACGAGGAAGCAUAUUUGGCCUACUGCUCUGAAGCCAUGUUCAGGAUCAAAAUUCUUAAGCUGCGCCUCAACCGCCACAAGGACAAAGCCCCACAGAAGUAUCUGGCCCUGGACAAGGUGCUGAGACAAGAUCACAGACUGAUGCAUUACCUGGACUGACACAUGAUAAAAUUGUUAGUUUUGUUUAAGCCAAGUCAAGUUUAUUUGUUUAAGCGCUUUUAACAACAGACAUUGUCGCAAAGCAGC